AUGGAUUACCCAUAUGUCGUUCGCGUCUUCGGCACCCUUUACGCAUUUCAACCUUUGUUCUGGGCGCAGGACCCUCCCGAGCUCCGAGGCCGUGUUCUUGCCGCUGCUGAUGCCUUUCGCGCCGGCGCUCCCGGUUCUAUUCCCGCUUUCCUGGGCGGUUCUGGCGCUUUUACCGCCGUUCCUGCUCCUGGUGGUUUUCUUCCCGGCCCUAUUGCUGCUCCGCCCUCGGCUUCGGUUCUAGCUCUAACCCCGGCUACCAACCUUCCUGCGCGUAAUAUUGGCCGCUCCCUGACCGAGUUGAGAGCAGAGUGGGACCGCCCGUACACCGGGGAUUGGGCUUGUUCGAUUUGUGGCCAGGCUGGGACCGAACGACUGCGACAUCUCACGAUACACGUCCGCGAUUGUCCGUUCUGCCUUAGAACAUUCCAGAGCAAUGUCGACGUAGCCAACCACAUCAUCCGUGAGCACAAGGGUGACGACGCCUGCCCGUGGACUAGAAGCUUCGGCUGCUAG